GAUUGAUUUUUGUCACUUUUCAAACUCAUGUCAAACCAACCUAUUACUAGAUUUGGCUUGGUUUGAGAUUUUAAAUCAAAUGACCGACGUGGGGUUUCCCCCCUUUCUGCUAUGGUUGCAGCCGACUGAACUAGCUGACAUGGGGAAUCGGUCCAGGAGACCUGGUCCAAACUUCCAAAGUAUCGAGCGACUUUAUACGACUCGAGUGGCCUUUCCUUUUGCAUCUCACGCCCUGUCAUGCCUCCCGCUCGAUUAAGCGGCAUAUUGGGAAGGGUGGCAUUGCUGCCAAUCCAUUUCCCCUCCUUCCAUUUUAACAUCCUGUGUGGAGUCCUUUUCCCCUUUGUGGGCUAUAUCCGUGGAGAUGGUGGUGCUCCGGCUAUAUCCUACUCCGAGAUGGUGAUUGUAUCUCUAUCUUUUAUCUUCUCUACUUAUUCUCCUCCACUUCCUCUAGCCGCCGGCCUCUCCCAACGGCUUCCCCCUGCAUUGCCGACCCCUUUUCUGCUGCAGCAAGCUGUUGUUCAACCCCUUUCAGAGCCAUUCCCGACAUCCCGCCGGCACCUUUACAACAGCUACCUUGCUGUGCCAGCCUUUCCCAUCGCUGCCAGCUUUUUACAGCUACUGUCUCACCUUCCCAGCUUGCCACCCCACCUUUCAACCAACCUCCACCGCCCUUGAGGUACACUUUCAAAGCGUUUGAUUGUGUCGUCCUGCGUUUUGGUGAUGUUAUUUUCAAUUUAUGUGUGUUGUAAACCUAUUUUUCUAUUAAUAAAAGUUGCUUAUGCAGUUUGAGUUUUCUCCUUCGGUAUCAUUUAGUAUUCAAGCUAGCUCCACCCUAAUCUUAUCUUAGGGUUUCCUAGCAUCCGCCUCUUCACAGGCCAACCCCACCAAAGAUUUUCUUGUUUAUUUCUAACCGAUAGCCAUGCCCAUAAUGAGAUACAUGCUCGAGCCUACCCAAGAGGAGAUACAGCGAGAGAUCUGUCAACUUCAGCGAAGGCUUGUGGACAUUG